AUGUGCUCCAUUGCGCUUCGCGUCACAGCAUUCACCAUGCUCCUGUAUCUCUCGCAGAUCCAGUUUUGCGAAGUUUUUGUUCCUGGAGAGCAAGACGAAACAAUACCCGAAUCAUAUCGUCCGGAAAUCUACAAGUUCGAUCGAAACGUAGCUCCAGCUCUGUCCUGCACAUUCAUAAUGCUCCAGCCUGGCGUACUAAUCCGCAAUAUCGAUACAAGUGGUGGACCCAUACCAGAAAAUAUAAAUAUUGAAGACUGCCUCAAUCGUUGCUGCACGACCCUUGAGUGUCAUUGGGCCUCGCACUAUCGUUCUUCUGAUAACGCAACUAGCGAGUCGCCCAAUGGUGAAGCAGCGGAUGGUAAAACAUACGAAGGUUGUCUCUUGAAUUCGGUCGUGUUAAACAUCAGUGCGAUGCAAUUUCUAGUAACUCCAGCUCGUUCCUGCACAUUCAUAAUGCUCCAGCCUGGCGCAGUGAUCCACAAUAUCAGUGGAAUGUUUUAUUACCCGGGAUAUAAAAACAUUGAACGCUGCCUUGACAUUUGUUGCAAGAACACCAAUGUGUCAAUGGGUUUCGUACAAUUGUUC